ACUGAAUUUGAUUGUCAAAAAAUCUCUUGACAUGACCCCUGUGCUGUGUGAUAUUCGAGCCAAGGCAAGAAAACUGGUGGGAUAUUUCAGGAGCAGCACCCUUGCCAAGGAGAAGCUUGUAUCGGUGCAAAGGCAAUUGGGAAGGCCCACACUGAAGCUCCUGCAAGAGGUGGAGACCCGCUGGAACAGCACAUAUCACAUGCUGCAACGUCUGGUGGACCUCAGAAAACCAGUUGGUGCGGCAUUAGCCAGUUUGAACACAGAAAUCACCACACUGACCUCUGCCGAGUUCACCACCAUAAGUGGGUGCCUCUCUCUGCUGUCUGGAUUCAAUGAUGCCACCAUUGAGCUUUGUGAGGAGAAAAAUGUAUCUGGUUCCAAGGUUGUGCCCCUCCUCAAAAUGCUGGAGCAAAUGCUUCAUGAGGAGAUGGCAAAAACUGCAGUAGCAGUGGCCAAAGAAAUGGGAGAACAUCUAUUAAGGCAGCUAAGAGAGACUCCACACACUCCAAUCUAUGAGCAUCAUGUCAUUGGCAACGCUACUGGACCAUAGGUUCAAACUGAUCGGAUUUUUUAGCCCUUUAAAAUCUGCAGAAGCCACAAAAAGGCUUGUGACUGAAUGUGGUGCACUGAUCCGAACACCUGAAGCCGUGCCCCAAGAAAGUCCAUCCACAUCUCAACCUGAACAAGAAACCCCAGGAAACAAACUCUGGCAUAAAUUGGAUCAGACUGUGAAGAUGUCCAGGAAGACCAAGAAUGCCACAGCUGACGCAACUGUUGAAGUCCAGCGGUACCUGGCCGAACCAAAUAUCGGACGCUUGGAGGACCCUCUGAACUACUGGCAGACACAAAAACAUGUUUAUCCAAACCUGCAUAAACUUGCAGUCACUUUUUUGUGCACACCUGCUUCCUCAGUCCCGUGUGAAAGGGUCUUUUCAAAGGCAGGAGAAGUUGUGUCAAAGAAAAGAAAUCGCCUAAGCCCGAAAACUGUGGAAGAAAUAUUGUUUUUAAACAAAAACCAAUACAAUUGUUCCAUGAAUCACAAGCAUUUUCACUGCCCUCUGCAAAGUCACACAAGCAUAUUCACUGCCCUCUGCAAAGUCACACAAGCAUAUUCACUGCCCUCUGAAAAGUCACACAAGCAUAUUCACUGCCCUCUGAAAAGUCACACAAGCAUAUGCCCUCUGGAAAGUUAAACCCUUCUUCUUUUCCAGUUU